CUUUUCCCCCAUUUUUUUGUCCCCCCUUUUCCCUUUCCCCCCCCCCUCUUUCUCUCUCUCUUCUUCGGUUUACAAGUCGUUGUUAUUCACUUGCAGGUGCUUUUGCCAGAUUCAGCGCUGCGAGCUCAGCAACAAUGUCAUCAUUGGACCAGUCCGCCGAGUCGCUCUUUCGCUGGCAAAGAGCGCUGUUCGCGCUGCAGCAUGAACAGGUUGAACCAAGCACAGCACAUGUCAGCGCAGCGCGAUCGGCGGACGCAGCACGGAGCAUGGUCGAGCAAGCAACCCACUCGCAACUGCUCCACCACGAGCUGGGCGAGCGCAACGACCCCGAGGCGCUGGCGCACCUGGUGCAGCUCGGACACGCACUGGCAGUCUAUGCACACACAAUGGAUCGCGGGCUUGCACCGUCGCUCGCGGCAGCCGCGCAUCACAACUCUGAUGGGUUGGGACAAGCAGUGUCGACGCUCACGCUGGCGGAAGUCCAAGCCAUGUCGGGUCUCGUCUUCACCCCGCCUGCACUGAGUCUCUUCCACACCUCCAUCCCGCAAGCGCCAGCCAUGUCGUUGAAUUCCACGUCUUCAUCGGUGGCACGGGGUGGGAGCACCAUCCAGACCAAUGGCGCUCCUCGCCCAGCCGCUCCUCCCAUGCAGACGGCACGCUCCAGGUUUGCGACUGCAGCCAUUCCUCCUCCAGCAGUAGCAGCAUCCAACACUGCGACAACUGCUUCGGCACCAUCGUGGCCCGGGUCUGGUGCAGCUACAAGCUCGACAGCGCCUCGGCAGCGUCAACCUUCAGCCGACACCUUUGAGCGCCGACCGUUCAAUCGCGAGCCAAUCGAACUUCCUGACGACAAAGUUGACAUGGAUACCGAGCCAAUGAAUGUUGCCCCAAGUGAAUUUGUGACGGCGAGGGACCAGCUUAUCAUCAAUCAGCAGCUUCGACGAGGCGGCGGCAAUGCCUCUGGCCCGGCCUAUGGCGGGCGUGGACAAGGUGGACAAGGGCGCGGUGGCGUCUCGGCGUUUGGUCGUGGUCGCGGACGAGGCCGUUAUGACGAGCCCGACAAUUCAUUCGAUGCUCCUCCUGGUUCAAGUAAUGCUCAUUCCAAUCUCAUGAAGGAGAUUGGCUCCAGUGUCCCCAAUUACAAUCUCGGGGCGACACCGCAGACGAACAACGCAAACCAAGGCGCCCGCAAAGCGCUCGGAACGCGACGCACUCCAGGAACCAAGUUUGUUCCUCCCUUUCCACGUUCUGGUGAAGGUGGUCAGCUCAGCCGCCCUCCGAGCGGUGGCCCUACUAGUGCGAUGGAGGACGACCCGAUCAUGCAAGACGAGCGCCUUCGUAACAUUGAGCCGAAAAUGGUGGAGCUCAUCAUGAACGAGAUCAUGGACCACGGCGCCCCCAUAGAUUGGGAUGAUAUUGCGGGUCUCGAGUUUGCCAAGGCGACCGUGAAAGAGAUGGUUGUCUGGCCAAUGCUGCGACCCGACUUGUUCCAUGGCCUGCUCGGACCGCCGAAAGGACUGCUGCUCUUCGGACCUCCUGGCACGGGCAAGACCCUCAUCGGCAAGUGCAUCGCUGUCAAGUCCAAAGCUACCUUCUUUAGCAUCAGCUCGUCGUCCCUGACCUCAAAGUGGGUCGGCGAGGGCGAAAAGAUGGUGCGCGCCCUUUUCGCUGUAGCGCGAGUGCAUCAGCCUUCCGUCAUUUUCAUCGAUGAAAUCGAUUCACUGCUGACGCAGCGCUCAGACGGCGAGCACGAGGCAUCGCGGCGCAUCAAGACAGAGUUUCUUGUCCAGCUUGAUGGCGCGACGUCCGGAUCGGACGAUGACCGCCUGCUCGUGGUGGGCGCAACCAACCGCCCUCAAGAGAUUGACGAGGCUGCGCGCCGUCGUCUUGUCAAAAAGCUGUACAUUCCGCUCCCGGAUGCGCCUGCACGGCGCCAAAUCGUCCUGAAUCUUCUCGGGCGGCAGGGCCACGCGCUGAGUGGCGACGAAAUCGAGCUUGUCGUGUCGCGCUCGCAAGGCUACUCUGGCGCAGACAUGAGUCACCUCUGCAAAGAGGCUGCCCUCGGACCCAUCCGGUGCAUCAGUGACUUGUCGAGCAUCUCGGCGGACCAGGUGCGUCCGAUUCAGUAUGUGGAUUUCGACAAGGCCUUCCGUCAGGUUCGUGCCAGCGUUUCCCAAAAGGACCUGGAGGGCUACAUCAAGUGGAACACGCAGUUUGGCAGCUCUGGCAUUGGUGAACAGGAUGAGAGCACGCUUUCACGCGAUUGAGAAAGAACCAGCGAAUGAGAAAGAAC